GCAUAAACGAGGUCUGGGAAAAACCGUCUCAGUCUCGAGUCGAUCGUCGAAUCGUUUGGUGAACAAAGAAUCGUCGAGAUGUCGGAGUCUCACCUGUGGUUGGUGUCGAUCGUCCUGCUGAUUUCGGCGAUCGGAAAAUCGGAGCAAGCCACGUGCAAACGCGUCACCGGUUAUACGGUGUGCCAUGAAAAAGGAACCUUGGUAGACGUCACACAACAGGAAUUCGAAGACGGGCUGGACAUACACGACUUGGAUCUGCUGGCCAUUCGAGAGGACGCGUUUAAGAAUUUAACGACAGCGAAACUGAACCUGGGACUGGGUAACAAGAUCUCGGUGGUGCAGAAGGGAUCGUUCCGCGGGUUGGAAAACUUGGUUCGUCUGGAUCUGGACGGUAACGUGAUUCCCCUGUCGCCGAAUCUGUUCUCGGAAUUAAAGCAAUUGCGUUCGUUGUCUCUGAUCUUCAACAAGAUCAACGAGAUACCGAAGGACUCGUUCGGAGGACUGUCGAAUCUGAUAUGGCUCUACCUGGGCCACAACGACGUCGAAUCGAUCAGCAGUGACUCGUUCGCCGGGUUAUCUUCGUCGCUCUUGUUUCUCUGGCUGAACGAUAACAAGAUCGCGAACAUAGAAUCGGGAACUUUCAGCCAAAUGCCAGAGUUGUCGCGUCUCCAUCUGGAGAACAAUCAGCUGACCUCCAUCGAGUCCGGAGUUUUCAGGGGUCUGCACAAGUUGGACGGUCUGUUCCUCGAAGAGAAUCGACUGAGCAGCGUUUCCAAGUCCGACUUCAAGGGACUGAUCAGUCUGAGAAUUUUGAGCCUGCACAGCAACCGGAUCACCGACAUCGAACCGGGAGCAUUCGCCGAUCUGACUCAAUUGGAGGAUCUGCACUUGAGGAAGAAUCGACUGUCUCACGUAGACACCGGCGUGUUCAACGGGCUGAAGAGUCUGAAGAAACUGGAUCUGUCCGGUAACGAGAUCAGCGUGGUGCAGAGUGGCGCGUUCGGAGGACUCCCUGCGUUGAAGCUUCUGUACCUCACCAAUAACAAUUUGACCAGCGUGGACAGAAAGGAUUACGGUUUGACCAGUUUGACCAUGGUGUACGCCACGUAAGCUGAUCUUUGUGGCGCGUCUGGGUAGUGACCCAUGAUCGAAUAAAGUGUUGAUCAAACGAAUCAUUGAGUAAAAUAAAGUCUGUCGAUUCAAUUGGA